AUGGAGCAUAAGAAGAGAGGCGACGGAUAUUGUUCAGGUGUCGGAAUACAGGAGCAGACGGAGGAGGGAUUGAGAUCGUUGGGCGGUGAGGUCAACGUCCGAAUUUUGACGAGGUGGAAAAUGUCAUCAGAUCAAGAUCUGGCAGAAACGGCCGUGGCACCAAGCGGGCAGCGGUGGGUGGAAGUAUCUCAGUCGUUGUGCUUCCUCGAGUCAUUGCACGCAUGGAAACAACAAGGGAUGGAAUGGAUGCAUGUACCGCUCCAGCACACUCUCUAUGCAGAGAAACCUUCCACGCCUACUGCAUUCCAGAGCCACGGUUCUGGCGGUUGGGCUGGGCUGGACUGGCCUGGAUCUGGUCUCAACGGCAGAAUUUUCCGUCCAACUGCCCCCAACUUGCUCGACUUCUUCCCCCCGAUGCAAGGCAAAAAUUGA